UUUAUUCUUCACAGAAAACGAAAACGAAAACGGAGAACUGAAAACUGAGAACAAUUCUCCAUAAUAACCACACCUCCUCCUUCUUCGCAUCUUCGAAAAAGUCCAGUGACGCGGAGAGAGAGAGAGAGAGAGAGAGAGAGAGAGAGAGCGAGAGAGCGAGAGAGAUCCAUCAAUGGCUGCCAGUUGAUACCUCGAAGAAGAAGGGAGAAGCUUUGCGCCAGCAAGCAUCAUCUGGGAUCCAGAUCGAGAGAAGAAGCUCCCCACAAACCAUCGCUGAAUCGAGAUGAGUGGGAAGGAGGGGGAUCAAGCUCCCGGCGGUGAGGAAUUGGGCAGUGGCUCCUCCUCGCAGGCACCGACGGCGAGCAAGCAGAAGGAGAAAGCUAGGGUUAGCCGGACGUCUCUGAUUCUCUGGCAUACCCACCAGAAUGACGCUGCCGCCGUCCGGAAGCUCCUUGAGGAGGACCCUGGCCUUGUCAAUGCUCAUGACUACGAUAACCGAACCCCUCUCCAUGUCGCCUCGCUUCAUGGGUGGAUCGAUGUCGCCAAGUGCCUUCUUGAGUUCGGUGCCAAUGUCAACGCCCAGGACCGCUGGAAGAAUACGCCAUUGGCAGAUGCAGAAGGAGCCAAAAAGCACAGUAUGAUUGAGCUAUUGAAAUCUUAUGGUGGUUUGUCUUUUGGACAAAAUGGUAGUCAUUUCGAACCAAAGGCAGUUCCACCCCCUCUUCCCAACAAGUGUGACUGGGAAAUUGACCCAUCUGAGUUGGAUUUCUCAACCUCAACCGUUAUUGGAAAGGGUUCAUUUGGUGAAAUAUUAAUAGCCUAUUGGCGUGGAACACCAGUUGCUGUAAAACGUAUUCUUCCAUCACUCUCAGAUGAUAGAUUGGUGACUCAAGACUUUAGGCACGAGGUGAAUUUGCUAGUGAAGCUACGCCAUCCGAAUAUAGUCCAAUUUCUUGGAGCAGUUACCGAGAGGAAACCUUUGAUGCUAGUCACAGAAUUUUUAAGAGGGGGUGAUCUCCAUCAAUAUCUCAAGGAAAAGGGUGCUCUCAGUCCAGCAACCGCUGUUAAUUUUGCAUUGGAUAUUGCCAGGGGCAUGGCAUAUCUUCACAACGAACCAAAUGUCAUAAUUCACCGUGAUCUAAAACCAAGGAAUGUUCUUUUGGUGAACUCCAAUGCGGACCAUUUAAAGGUUGGAGACUUUGGACUAAGCAAGCUGAUCAGAGUCCAGAAUUCUCAUGAUGUGUACAAAAUGACUGGAGAAACUGGGAGCUACCGAUAUAUGGCUCCUGAGGUAUUCAAGCAUAGGAAGUAUGAUAAGAAAGUUGAUGUAUUCUCUUUUGCAAUGAUAUUAUAUGAGAUGCUUGAAGGAGAUCCUCCUAUGUCAAACUAUGAACCUUAUGAAGCUGCAAAGUAUGUUGCAGAAGGCCAUCGUCCAACAUUUCGUGCGAAAGGGUACCUUCUGGAAUUGAAAGAAUUGACGGUUGAAUGCUGGUCUGCUGACAUGGCGCAGAGGCCUUCUUUUAUAGAUAUUCUCAAGAAGCUUGAGAAAAUCAAGGAGGCGGUUUCACCUGAUCAUCAUUGGCACAUCUUCCCACAGUAAUUUAAGCUCUGAUCAGGUUCUUUCCCUGUAGAUAUGUUUCUGUACCUCACCGGUAUUUCUGCCUCAUGGUUGAGCUUUUUCUGAGUCUACUGGAAAAUACAAAGGUUGAUCAUUGAUGCAAAUUGUUCUGGAAGUAAUUAGAUGCCCUCAAGCAAAAUUUGAAUUCUAUUAUUGUGGAUGGUGAUUGCUUUUAAACCAUGUCAAGGGUGUUUGUCAGAGCCCAGAGUAAUAACUCCGGUGAUCUGGUAUUAUUGCAGUAAAUUAUAAACACAGGCCUUGUGCUCACAAUGGGAAUGGAUAUAUAGGUUAUCUUAUCUGAACUAUACACUGUUUGGGUUAUUUUCAUUUCAGGACAAAAUAUUUAUGUAUUUGAAAAAUUGUGAGUAAAUUCUGAUUGCUUUGUUGAGCUGAGUCA